AGCGGAAGAGCGCAGUGCCAGAGCAGCGAGGAGGUCCAGAACCAUGGAGAGCUCCCGCUUGCGGCUGCUACCCCUCCUGGGCGCCGCCCUGCUGCUACUGCUACCUUUGCUGGGUGCCGGUGCCCAGGAAGAUGCCGAGCUGCAGCCCCGAGCCUUGGAUAUCUACUCUGCCGUAGACGAUGCGUCCCAUGAGAAGGAGCUGCCAAGGCGGCAACUUCGGGCUCCCGGCGCUGUGUUGCAGAUCGAAGCGCUGCAGGAAGUCCUGAAGAAGCUCAAGAGUAAACGCAUUCCGAUCUACGAGAAGAAGUAUGGCCAAGUCCCCAUGUGUGACGCCGGAGAACAGUGCGCAGUGCGGAAAGGGGCCAGGAUCGGGAAGCUGUGUGACUGUCCCCGAGGAACUUCCUGCAAUUCUUUCCUCUUGAAAUGCUUGUGAAGGGGUGACAGCCUCCACCUUCGAUUCCCACAUUCCCUCUUUCCCCCAAAGGAGCGCUCCUUUAUCCCUGAAGCCUGGCUUUAGAAACAAUAAAGUUUGCGUUCCCCUCAGAGAGUGAAUGGGCUCUUUCCCUGCUGCUUCAAAAUAAAAGAUUUGACGUUACCAUGUGAAGGAUAAUGCCGUGAAUGGUGUUGGUAUGUGUGCAAAAUAUUCUUUUCUUGUUUUAUCCAUCUGACACAUUCUUGUGAACCUUUCUUGGAAGAAGAGGAACUUCGCUUUAAAACUGUAUUUUUGUAUGUGGCAUGUCACCAUGAGGAUUAGAUCCAGUUAAUUUUGGUAGAUGACAUCAUAACCCAGAAAACAAAUUACCCAAAAGCAACACAAAUUGAAGCAUGUACAAAGUACACAUAAUAAAGCGUUUUUAAUAAUUGCUCAC